CCACUCUCAUCAUACCUCUCUCUCUCUCUCUCUCUCUCUCUCUCUCUCUCUCUCUCUGCCUCUGUGUUUGUGUCUGCAAAAGCUCAAAUCAUAGAGGAGCCACCGUUCAACCUCUUGCAAGACCUAUUCCUCCAGCGGAUCGAUGACCUCCCACUACCCGUCAGACCUCGAUUCCUCCGCCGCGGGCUCCGCCGCCUCCACUCCGGUGUCCGGCAACCCCCGGCAACCACCCCCGUCCCGGUGGCAACUCGAUGACCCCUCCGCCCCCCGCGUCCGCCUCAUGUGCAGCUUUGGCGGCCGCAUCCUCCCCCGCCCCCACGACCACCUGCUCCGCUACGUCGGCGGAGACACCCGCAUCGUCGCCGUCCCCCGCUCCAUCACCUUCUCUGCCCUCCUGUCCAAGCUCUCCAAGCUUGCUGGCGGCGACCCCCACCUACUCGCUGUCAGGUACCAGCUCCCCAACGAGGACCUCGACGCCCUCAUCUCCGUCUCCUCCGACGAGGACGUCGAGAAUAUGAUGGACGAGUACGACCGCCUCUCCGUCUCCUCCCCAGGCGGCGGCGCCGCCGCCUCCUCAAGGACCCCUCGCCUCCGCCUCUUCCUCUUCUCCCCCUCCGACCCUUCUUCCGGCCAUUUCGGCUCCGUCAUCGACGGCCCCGGCCCCGCCCGCCACCACUGGUUCGUCGACGCGCUCAACGGCCUCGAGCGCAGCCGCUCCGAGGCCUCCUCCGUCGUCUCCGAGGUCCCGGACUACCUCUUCGGCCUCGAGACCAACUCGGACGAGCCGGCGCCUACAUACAAAACCCGGACGGCCUACGAGAACGCCUCGGACCCCGGUUCGCCCGCUCCCGCCACGCCAUCCCCUCACUACCGCUCCGCCUCGUCCGCACCACCCAUCCCGCCGGUCAAGACGAAACCGGACGGCGAGGAAAAUCGGGACGUUCCGGUCGAACCGCAGGUCAACCAGCCGGGAGGAUACGUCAGCAACCCAGCCUGGCAGUACAUGCCUGAGCCGGUUCCGGCUUACUUUGUGCCUGGUCCGGUCAGUGGAGGGAGCUUGUCGGUCGGGCCGGUUGCUAUGCCCGCUCCAUACCUUCACCCUGUAGCACCAAUGCCUGGAGGACAAAUUCCGGUCGGGUAUCAGCAACCGGUUCACCGGGUCAUGGCUAAUGCAGUUCACGCUGGUACGGUUUACGUGGACGGUCCACCGACGGGACGGCCGGCGGUGACCGAGGGGUACAAGUAUCCAGUGGGGGCCAGUGGGUAUGACGUGCCGGCAGGCGGAGGUUUGAUGAGGUAUCCUGGGGCGACCCCGGUGUAUCCAACGGCGGGGAUUUCUCCAGUCGGAGGAGACUCCUCCGGUUCCAGCGGGAGAAUUGGAAGGGCUUCCCAGUAGCAUUUUAUGGUCAGAGUGUUCCUUAUUCUGUUCUUUGGUGAUUUUCUUUUUAUUUUUUGGGGUAAACAAGUAACUAUGUGGUGAUGGAUGUAUUGGUUAUAUGCUUCUAUUUUCUUUGUUUAUUGUAAGCAAAUAUCUAAUGUAUGGAGAACUGAUUGUAAAUCAAUAUAAAUAUUAAUAAAUACUAUGAUAUAAUAUUGAUUAAA